AUGAACCCAGUGGCACAACUUGCAGCGCACUGUUCGCGAUCCUGUACGAGCGUGUCUGUCACCCCGAGGCUAUCAAGGAACUGCGCGGAAUUGGCACCAUAUGCGAAAAGAGCCAGUGGCGAAUUCACUAACUCGACAAUUGCUCACCUGGACCAUCUAAAUGGAGUUAUCCACGAAGCUCUCCGCCUCUAUCCCGCUGUUCCGAGCUACCUGCAGCGCAAGACUCCCCCGGAAGGCAUAGUCAUUGGUGGAGUCCAUGUCUCUGGAAACGUCAGCAUAAUAAGCCCUUUGUAUACCAUUGGGCGAUCGGAAUUGGCAUACGCCAGGCCCGACAAGUUUAUCCCUGAAAGGUAUUAUAGCUCCCCUUCGCUAGUCAGAGAAAAGGCAACGUUUAUGUCGUUCAGUGCUGGUGAAUUCAACUGCGUUGGAUGGCCGCUGGCAUCAAUGAAUCUCCGAACCACUGUUGCCCGACUCGUCAUGGAAUUUGAUAUGGAGUUCUCUCCAGGAGAGGAUGGUUGCCGGUUCUAA